AGAUAAUGAAUGAAAAAGUAAAGGGUCAUCAAGUUUAUAAAUGACAUCCACAUGGCCUAUGGAGACUGUUGACAAGACAUGCAAGAUCACGGCCAAGCAGAGCUGUCUUCCAGUCACCGCGUUGGAGUUCAUUACCAUCGGACAGUUAGAGCUCCUGUUAGCAGGGGAAGGUCCCUAUCUGAAGCUGCUCUCCUGUGAUGAGGGAGCACUGUUAGCCCAGGAGGAGGUACUGCCCUUCAAACGAGUGCAUGGCAUACGACCAGCUGACGACAGUAUUGAUGAGAGUGAUGUACCACUAGUGCUAGUGUUCGGGCAGAAGAGCAUUCGACUGAUUCAACUGCACAGCUCACCUCAGUUCAGGUUGACCCCUGUAUCUGCUGUAAUCGAGGCUUCUGAUUGGCUCUUGGACGUCUGUUGGCUGAGCUUUGCUGACCCAGCAAACUACACCCUCUCCUAUAUCACUGCACACAACGUAGUGACUGUGUAUCGUGUGGCAGCUGGCAUCGUGAAUAUUGUCAACUAUCACAGCGAGACCAACUGUAUUCUCUAUUCAGCACGACUAGUAACGACUGGUAGCAACUCUCUCAUUGCCAUCUCUGGCACAGUCUUCAAUCACAUCUUGUUGUGGACCGUUGACCUUUCAGUAUCGGAGGAGCUGAACUUUGACCCCUCUACCAGGGUACCAGUACGACUCUCACUCUCCGGACAUGAGGGUGUGAUAUUGUGUGUGCGCCUCUCUGAUGAUGGCCGCUCCCUUGUCUCUGUGUCUGAUGAUAGAACUGUUAGAGUGUGGACACUCCCACAAGACUGGACCCUCCAUCAAAGUGUUGAGGUAAUAGCUGGAGUGCAAGUGUUGUACGGACACACUGCCAGGGUCUGGGACGCCCGACUACUACCAGGGGACAACGUGGUGAGCAUUGGAGAGGACGCCACUUGUCGUGUGUGGAGUAGGUGUGUGGCUGUGAGGACUGUGGGGGGUCAUAGGGGGCGGAGUAUGUGGAGCAUGGCCGUGGACUCAGAGAACAAGAGAGUGGCAACUGGUGGUGGGGACUGUGGUGUACGUGUGUUCAGUUUAGAGGGAGAACAAGAGAUGGAAUGGGACACUCACUUACCCACAGAGGACCUGCCUCGUUCUGUCUGUCUCCAUGGCAACACGGCUCUCUGCCACACAGACCACGGUGUUCUGUACGCUGCUUGUGUGGAUGUGUCCCCUAUUGUCUGGAGGCAGGUGGCAAGGGAUCAGCUGUUCUCUAGUUACUCUCUGUUAGCCCUCCACUCUCCCCUACUGGCUGUGGGCAGUCUGGAGGGAAGCAUAAAGCUGCUGGCAUUGGACAAACAAGGAGAUGUGACGGCUGAGUUGUGUUGGAGUGCUCACACUGGGAAGGUGUUCUCCCUCAGUUGGUUGGGAGAUGAGAUGUUGCUCUCUUGUGGACCAGCCGGACAAGUGAUCUGCUGGAGGUGUGUGAUGUUACCUCAAGGUCUGAUGGCCACUCCCCUUGCUACUCUCGAGCUCCCCCCAUCUAAACAUCGCUGGGUAUCUGUGGCCCUACACGACUCAACAAGGGACACUCUGCUACUAGGGGACAGGAAAGGCUCACUACAUGUGUACAGGGUGUGUCUAACCACUGCUGACCAACCCUCACCCUCCACCAAACCAACAGCCUCUUAUCGAGUGCACGGUCCCAAUGGUGUCACCUGUCUCAAGAUGAGUGGAGACUUUGUGUACAGUGCUGGCCGCAAUGGACGCUGCAGAAAGUACAGUCUGAGCAAAGAUGGAGAUCUUAAAGAACUCAUUGACUUUAAGCCUGUGAAGGGAAUGGAUUGGAUUGAGGAUCUGAUUUUCCAAGAAGAGGACAUGUUAGUAGUGGGGUUCCAUACGACAGACCUUGUGUUGUACAGCACUGCCCAGAACAAGCCUAUAGUCAAGAUCAACUGCGGUGGGGGACAUAGGUCAUAUGACAUCAGCUCUAUACAGCAGAUCUUGAAGACUAGGACAAUGAAUGCUGUGUAUGUCAAACAAUCUACCCUCUGCUUCAGGACCUCUAGUUUGGAGUCUUAUUUCACCAAUCCCAUCAUUCAGCCUGGUUUUGUUGGAAGAGAGGCACUCUCACUAGAGAUUCUAAAUGCUAACUCCACCACUGGUGAGCUGUUGUUGGCUGUUGGUAGUGAGGACUGUACCAUUGCCCUGGUAGCAGCCUCCCCACACACACGUCCCUCACUUCUAGCUACCCUCACUGGCCACCUCUCCUCUGUCAAGGCUCUAACCUCUUCACAAGGACACCACGGCCAGCUGCUCUUCUCUGGUGGGGCCAGGGCAAGCUUGAAGGCUUGGAACAUACCAUCCGGUUGUGGCCCUAGUGAGCUGAAGGAGAGAGUUGAACUUUGUGGGGAGGUGUUCUUACACAACAAGCACGGCUCACGAAAACAGAGGUCAAAGGACAGUCAGCCUGAGUGUAGAGUGAUGAGUCUGGCUGCGCUACCUCUGUCCACUCCCCCCUAUCAUUACCUGGCAGCUGGCUGCUCAGAUGGAAUUAUAAGGCAGUUUAUAUUCGAUGAGGGCAACCACACCUUCCAACCUCUACCCUCGUUACAUCACCAUGACCAUUGCAUCCUGUGUACCAAGCUCCACCCACUGUCCUCCCACCCCCCACUACUGCUCUCCAGUGCUACAGACGGUGUUGUGUGUGUGUGGAGUCUACACAGCCUCGAGACAGAAGGCCGUAUGUCAGUGGAGGAGAUGGGAGGUUGUAUACCAGUGGAGUCUGUUAUUGCGUUCAAGGCCCAUCAAUCUGGAGUCAACGACCUCAUCACUUCAGUCCAAGAUGGCCACCUGACUGUGGUGACAGUGGGAGAUGACAAUGCCCUCACAGUGACCCACCUCACCCUAACCACCACUCCACAUCUCUCCAUGUCCCUCCACACUCAAAGCACACACAGCACCGCCCACUCUUCUAGCAUCACAGGUAUUGGUUGGUUUGGUCCCAGUCUAGUAGCCACCACCUCAGUGGACCAGCGACUCUCCGUGUGGAAGCUGGAGCCCCUCUCACUAAGUGCUUGCUUCACUCAUGACGUGGCUGACCCAGCUACCCUCAAAACCUUCACUGCUAGUCACUGUACGAGUGUGGUCGUGUGUGGUGUGGGAAUGCAGCACUUCUGUUUACAAGCAAAUCACAAACUGUGAACUGAUAAAAAUAAUAUUAUUAUGUACAUAUUUUUUAUUAGUUCACAUGACUUGUAUUAGUUAAUUUUUUUGUGAUACACAUGACUGCAGUUUACAUCACAUGUACAACGUACAAUGUUUCAAUCAACAGAGUUCAAUGUAAUACA